AGUCUCCGCAAGAACAAGAAGCGAAGGCUGGCGAGCUGGAGGACAGCGGGCUGACACCGGGGUCAAACGCCGGACUAACGGGCUGCUGCUGCGGACCGAACACAUCUGGCUGAGCGGGGAUGGACCGGAGGAGCCGGCAGAUGUUUCACUGACAAUGUUUCCCUCUGCCUCCAACAGCCUGGGCUCCUCUGGGCCUGAUUUCGACGACGACUGCACCUCUCCGUCCUCCCUGUCCUCGUCCUCGUCCUCGUCCGCCCCCGCGGUGGCCACCCCGCAGGGGAAGUCUGUGUGCAGCUCCUGCGGUCUGGAGAUAGUGGACAGAUACCUGCUGAAGGUGAACAACUUGUGCUGGCACGUGCGCUGCCUCUCGUGCAGUGUGUGUCAGGCAUCGCUGGGCCGACACGUGAGCUGCUACAUCAAGGAUAAACAGGUUUUCUGCAAACUCGACUACUUCAGGAGAUAUGGGACCCGUUGUGCUCGCUGUGGCCGUAACAUCCAUUCCAGUGACUGGGUGCGUCGGGCCCGCGGCAGCACCUUCCACCUAGCCUGUUUCUCCUGCAGCUCUUGUAAGCGGCAGCUGUCCACUGGGGAGGAAUGUGGACUGCUGGAGAACAGGGUCUUCUGCCGGCCACACUACGACAUUAUGAUGGAGAAUAUCAAACGUGCUAAGGAAAAUGAGGAACCAAAAGAGGAAGAAGAGGCGGGAGACAAAGAUGACUCCAGCACUUUGCCCAGACCUGCUAAGAGGGCCAGGACCAGCUUCACUGUCGACCAAUUACAGGUGAUGCAGACUCACUUUGCUAAAGAUAACAACCCAGAUGCCCAGACCCUCCAGAAACUGGCAGAGAGGACCGGUCUCAGCCGCAGGGUUAUUCAGGUUUGGUUUCAAAACUGUCGAGCUCGUCAAAAGAAAUACGUCGGCCCAAACCCUGCUUCCUCUGCCAUGAUGACUUUACUUACUCCUGGUCAGCUGACACCACCUUUGAUGGAGGAUCUGCAGUACACCAACUAUGUUUCCCCGGAUGCACCCCUCCUCACUACGCUGACUUAUAUGGAUGACCAAACUCCAGACCCGCUUUUGCUGCAGCCGCUCAUUUCCCAUUCAUUGACACAACUGCCAGUCAGCCAUGCUUGAGCUACAGCCCGCAUCUGGAAAGCUGAAGACAGUAAUUGGCUGAUGGGAAGAUGAAGAGCAAGUCGUUGCUGUUUAAUGGAAACAGUCCUGUGAGGAUUGGAUGACUUUAAUUCAUAAAAUAUGCGGCAGGAGUAAAGCAGUUAAAAAGAAUUAAUUUCACUGCCUAAUGUGUGAGCAGACACACAAAAAUCAACUUAAGUCAAGUCACUGAAUUCAUUUCAGUCAAUCAUACACAGAUUCAUAGGUUACAAUGUCCAGUAAAAUAUGGGUAUAUGUGAGAUGAAACGUGUUAAUAUGUAUGUGUUAUGAAUUUCUUUGUAUUUAAUUUAUUUGGAGAAUAUGAUGAGAUGAGGCACUUUGUUGGAAAUGAUGUAAAACUGAGUAUAGAUUUGGUUUUCAGUUAUAUUUAGACUUUAGAGUUUAAAGAUGUGUUUGAGAAUAAGAGAAAUGUCAGUUUGGUCACUUAUAAAAGAAUCUAUAGAACAUUCAGGAUUGGUUAAUACAGCAAAUCAAAGCCACUGGGGGUCAUACAGACACCUGUUCCUUGCUGCGAUUGACAAGAAAUGUGUAUAGAAAUCUAAUGUGGACUGUUCUCCACUUGUAGUGUCCAAGUCUUUUGUUUGCAAAACAUCCACAUGUCUAAUUUUGGAUAAACAUGUCUUAAGAUACUUCUCAGUCGAGCAUGUGUUAAACACAGACAAAAAGCAAUCCCAAGUGCCAUUUUUUGUUUUGGUUAUAAAUGUGAGAUGACAGAGGAAGGAAGGAAUAGAUGGACUUUGACAUGACUUGUUUUUGGAUAUACUGGAAAUUAAAGUUCAUGGUUACACCACAAAACUUAGUUUUUUUUCUUGGUAGAAUUGACUUCCUGGAUUUAUUUGGAUACAGUUUUGUGGUACUUUCUCUUGAUUCUUCGGCUUGUAAUGCACCACUACUUUCCAUUUAUCGUCACGUAUGGUCAGUUAAUAAAUUAUGAUGCAUUGUUGUAAAUUAAACUGCCCAACAGUUCAUAUUGUUGAUAAUGUUUUUGUAUGUAAGAUUCUCAAUACAGGAUUUGACUUGUAA